AUGGGAGACGCCGAGACUCCCAAGAGUGAUAGCGUUGAAGCAAAAGCCCAGCCAGUCUCUGGCAAGAAAUCACGUCGUACGCUGUCAUGUCUGAGUUGUCAGAAGCGCAAAGUGAAGUGCGAUCGUGUGAAACCAUGUCGGGCUUGUUGUAUACGAGGUGUACCCGCCGAAUGCGAAUAUGAUACCACGAAACACGACCGCGGCUUUAUCGAGCAAUCGGAUCUUAUUGAAGAACUCCGGGCGAAAGUGAAGAAGCUUGAGCAAAAGCUCUCGGAACAUAAUGGGAUCGUAUCAAAAGAGACUGUCGGGCCGGAUAGAUCUGCUUUGAAAGUGAAGGUCGCCGCAAUCGACAAAAACAAGAAGGCUGUGUCGGAAAUACUUGCUUCAACCAGUCUACGGAAGGCUUUAACCGCGUCCUCAUCCCCAGCAAAGUUCCUCCUGGAAGUCUUCAUUGGUGAAGUAAUUAACGCUUUUGCUCCUGACCCGACAAAUAUCCAUGGCCGAGUCUUCGAUCUUCGCUCAGCAGCCGAAAGACGCAUAUUCUCUCCGCUACUGUCCGCAGGCUUCGACGCAACGGCUUUGAUAUUCAUCGGUCACCGAGACCAAAACCGGAAGUUUUUGACGGCCGGAAAUAAUCAGUAUCAUCGAGCUUUGAGGCUGCUGCAAAAGACAGUAGAUGAUCCUCAACAAUGCACAUCGACGGACGCUUUGACUAUGGUCGUGCUUUUGACUGUGAUCGAGGCCUUCAAUCAAAGCUCACCGGGUGCAAUAUUUAAACACCAACUGGGCGGAUUAGAGUUAUUACGGCUACGAACCCCGUAUCGUCAUCGGACAGGACUGGAUCAAUCUCUUUACAUCGAUCUACGAAUGUUCUGGGUAACCACCGCCAUCGCCAGCCGAAAAGCAACCUUCCUCGCUUCAGAAGAUUGGUUAACUUUGCCCUGGACCGAAAACGGCCCGCAAAAAGAUAUUCUCCAUCAUUUGCUAGAUGUAGCAGUCGAUAUUCCAGGUUUUCUUGGGAAAUAUGACGCCUUUAAAGCAGCGUUGUGGAAAGGCAAGUUAUCGCAAUCGGAACUUGUGGCUGCACAAAAUGACAUACAGUUCACGGCGACCACUCUUGACCAACGACUGCGGCUCUGGCAUUCCGUGAAUGUAGUCCACUACGAACAUGGAUAUAUGACGGAAAAGUCGGCCGCGGAAUAUUUAAAGGAUACUGAUUUUCCUCGUUAUUAUUGUCAAAAUGUGUCAACCGGAGAUAUAGAUCUGCCAUCUGUUCUCAUUUACCCAGACUUACUCUUGGCUACAACCAUGUGUUUAUAUCGCGCUCUUCGUCUAGUGGUAGCUGGAGGUGACAAUGACGGUAUUUUCGCUGUCUUGACUUCCUCAGAACGCUACCAGCUUGCUGUCAACAUAUGUCGAAGUAUGCCAUACUAUUUGAAAACGGUCCCGGGCUUUCUGAUAUCUAGGUUGAUGUUUUCGUUGCGUGUCGCGUUCGACACGUUUUCAGAAGGAAUGAUUGAGAGGGAAUUCAUUCAGCAAAUGUUCGGCUAUAUUGGUGAGAAGUAUCGUUUCCGUGUGUUUGCAAACCAGUGCUCCGAGUCCUCUACAGCUGUACGAGCUCGUCCUACGAGUACGAAACCCCUAGACUGA